AUGCUAGCUGAACAGUGCUCGGAGGCAGUGGAGGCCGCCUUGUGCAAGCAUUUGGCUCAGGUGGUCACGCUAGUCUCAGACUUUUCUAGACGUUUUUCCCAAACUUCCCGGAAGACCUUGGAGCUGGACACCCAGUUGCAGGAGAGGGACGACUUAUUAGAGAGCCAGAGGAAGAACUUGGAGGAGUUGUCCUCUGAGCGGCAAUCCUUGGACCAACGCAUUCAGGAACUUGAGGCGGAGCUAUCCCGGGCGAGCUCAAAGUUGUCCCAGGCAAACUCAGUCAUUCGUGGGUACGAGCGUAAGUAUGCUGAACCCAUUAAACUUCCUAAGGUGGAGGAGUUCAUCUAG